AUGUCUUUCUUUUUCAUUUUUUCUUCUUCUUUUCCACAUUUUUUAUCUUUUCUAAUUAUUCUUUUUUUCGUUCCCUUUUAUGUCUCUUUUCUUUUUAUUAUCUCUUUCUUGUUUAUCUUUUAUGUUUCUUCUAAUUCCUCUUCCUUUUCUUUUUUCUUUCUAUUUCCUACUUUUUUUUUUACUCUUUUCUGUUUUCUUCGUAUCUCUUCAUUUCCCUUUUUCCUUCUUUUUUAUCCUCCCCUUGUUUAUAUCCCUUGUUUCUUCACACUUCCUUUUUUUCUCUCUUCGUUUGUUUUAAAUUUCUUCUUCUUAAUGAUACUUCCUUUCUUCUUGAUGUAUAUUAUUUACCUUUUUAUUUUGUUCCAUAUAUUAAACAGUCAUUCUUUUACCUUUCAGGUUAAAUCAUAUUUCAUGAACCGUCUCUCCAUUAUUGAGAGCAUCAGUCAUUUUCUCCUAUACAAGUCCAUUCUUUUGCCUCACUCUAUUUCAAUAUAUAUAUACUUAUCACUGUCCACUUCUUUUCUAUCUAUCUAUCUAUCUAUCUAUCUAUCUAUCUAUCUAUCUAUUUCAUUCUGCUCAUAUCUAUCUAUCUAUCUAUCUCAUUCUAUCUAUCUAUCUAUCUAUCUAUCUAUCUAUCUAUCUAUCUAUUUCAUUCUGCUCUAUCUAUCUAUCUAUCUAUCUAUCUAUCUAUCUCAUUCUGCUCUAUCUAUCUAUCUAUCUAUCUAUCUAUCUAUCUAUCUAUCUAUCUAUCUAUCUCAUUCUGCUCAUUAUCUAUCUAUCUAUCUAUCUAUCUAUCUAAGCAUCAAAUUUUAUAUUCAAAAUAACCAAGCAGGUUUAAUUCCAUCUCUUUCUGUUUACUUUUCCCUUUCCCUCUCCGUUUAUUUGUUUCUUUCUUUUUUUACUCAUUUUUUCCUUAACUCAUAUUCCUUUCUACACCCUUUUUUCUCUCGAUUUCUUUGCUACAACCUGUAUCCUCUUCCUCCUUCUUCUUUUUCUCAUCUCCUCUUUUUCUUCAACUCCUCCUUCUCCUCCUCCUCCUUCUUUUUCUUCUUGUUUCCCCUCCUCCUUCUCCAUCUCUUGCUUUUUCUUCUUCUUCUUCUACUACUACUUCUUCUUCUUCUUCUUAUUAUUAUUAUUAUUAUUAUCAUCCUCCUAAUUUUUCUCCUCCCUUCUUUCUUAUUCUUCUCAUUCUCCCUCUCGUUUCUUCUUUUCUUCCUUCUCCUCCUCUUCCUUCUUCUUUUUCUCCUCCUCCUUCUUCUCCUUUUUCUUCUUUUCUCCUCUUCCUCUUCCUCCUCCUCCUCCUCCUUCUUCUUCUUCUUCUUCUUCUUCUUCUUCUUCUUCUUCUAA